AGGAAACUUCAAAAGUGAUGUAGAUUCCUUCGGAAAAAACGCGAAGAUGGUGUUAACUCGGCUACUUUUAGCAAUUAUUUUAACAUUGCAUAUUUGCGAAGGUAAUCUAGAUGGCAAGUUGCUGGAUGAAAUGGACGACACGGACAUGGAAGUUGAAUCUUCCUUGGGGAACCGACAGGCUCCUGUACAGAAUACUAUAACCAAUCAUCCCAGGUACAAAUGCUACUCAUGCGAACCGCCGGACUGUGCAGACACAACGAUUCACGCCCACCACUGCCAGAAUGCGAUCCAAUGCUGGAAGUCGCGCACCCGCGACCAAAAUGGCAAUGAGAAUCUGCAACGAGGAUGCACCAACGAGCACGACCAGUUGCCUUUGUACUGCAGUCAGAAUCAAAAGUCUAGCACGGGUGGGGGUCCGAAGAAACGUCAUAUCUCGGGCUCGGGAAUGUACAAUAUUGAGUGCUGUACCGGUGAUUACUGCAACAACGGGUCCUUUCCAUCUCUACCACCGAUGAAGGGUAUGCUUGGAACUUGCGCGACCGGUAACCUUUCGGAGGCGGAUCCAAUAGUGAUGAAGAUGGUGGCCGCAAUCCUUCUGCCCUUCUGCACCGUGGUCAUCCUUGCCAUUGCCGUCAUUUACUGCAUGCGUCGCAGACACAAGAAGCGAAUGAAUGCUAGUCGCACUAAGUAUGACCCGGAAACAUACUACACCAAUGACGACGUCCUUCGAGCUACGAGCGCUGGUGAUAGUACACUUCGGGAAUAUCUACAACAUUCUGUAACUUCGGGUUCGGGCAGCGGACUUCCUUUGCUCAUCCAGCGUACGCUAGCGAAGCAGGUCUCCCUGUGCGAGUGUAUCGGUCGCGGUCGAUACGGCGAAGUGUGGCGUGGCAUUUGGCAUGGAGAAAAUGUUGCCGUAAAGAUUUUCUUCAGUCGUGAUGAAGAUUCUUGGAAAAGGGAAACAGAAAUCUACGGCACGGUUCUGCUAAGACACGAAAAUAUUCUUGGAUACGUCGGUUCCGAUAUGACAUCGCGAAAUUCGUGUACCCAGCUGUGGUUGAUUACGCACUACUAUCCACAAGGAUCACUGUUUGAUUACUUGAACAGGGCUGCCAUUACCACGCACCAGAUGAUAACCAUUUGCCUUUCGAUUGCCAACGGGUUGGUGCAUCUUCAUACGGAAAUAUUCGGAACGGAGGGUAAACCAGCUAUCGCUCAUCGUGACCUUAAGACAAAGAAUAUACUAAUUCGUGCCAAUGGAACGUGCGUUAUUGCUGACUUUGGAUUAGCGGUCAUGCACAGCCAGACGACGAAUAAGAUCGAUAUUGGUAACACUGCUCGCGUCGGUACGAAACGAUACAUGGCCCCGGAAGUGCUGGAUGAGAGCAUCAAUAUGGAAUGCUUCGAUGCGCUAAGAAAGGCAGACAUCUACGCAAUCGGGCUUAUCUUCUGGGAAGUCUGUCGUCGUACUAUUUCUUGUGGCAUAGCGGAAGAGUAUAAGGUUCCGUAUUACGACUACGUUUCGUCCGAUCCUAGCUUCGAAGAAAUGCGUAAAGUUGUUUGCGUAGACAACUAUCGACCAUCAGUACAGAACCGAUGGACAUCUGAUCCGUUUCUAACGGGUAUGUCGAAGUUGAUGCGUGAAUGUUGGCACAUGAACCCCAAUGUGAGGUUGCCUGCUCUGCGUAUCAAAAAGACCCUGCUUAAGCUGGCCAGCUCGGAUGAGACGAUCAAAAUAACACCGGAUGGCGAGGUAAUUCUAUGAUGUUCGUCAAUGGCUGUCGACGUAAUGGGCGUAGAAUGUCAUUGUUCUGAACAUUUUUGUAAAUAGUCAGCAUUAAGAAGGGCGCACGUUUAAAGAUUUUCAGAAUAUGGUAGGCAGAGUAGGCAGCUAGCGAUAUAAUAGCGUUGAAAAUUUCGUGUAUGCUCCCCUAGGUAUAGAGAAAGAUUAUUUUACGUUUUCUACUACAGCAUAUUAUAUAAAUAUGUUAUUUGGAUUUCAGUUUAAAUGCAUACGCCAAGCAGACUAUGCCAGUGAAACAAGCAAGCUGGAUCACGUGAGAUUUGAUUUUCUUCUGGCUUUCUAUAUCUCAAGUACCUUGUUUUAUCUGGCAAGAGAAGUAAAUAAUAGAAAGUAUACAAACAAAAUUAUUAUAAGAGCAGUUAUGGCACGUACAUGCGACUUGAAAUCUGGGAAUAAUAGAUCUUACAAAAUAUAGUUCAAUAUUUAUGGUCACGAAAUGAAGACUAAAGAUUUAAAUAGAGACAAAAAAAGAACACAUGCCUUUCGAGCAUGUUUUUGUAUCGAAUCGAAGUUCAUAAACAACACUCCGACAACAGUGUAUGCAUUAGGUUUUCAUUUAUCAUUUUUAUUUUAACUUGCCAAAGUGCCAUUAUCAAAAUAGAAAACAAGUGCUCUUUAUACGUUUGUUUGAGGCGCUUAAAAGAAAGGCGAUUAUUGUAAAUAGCGUGUUCUCAUGUUGGUAAAGUAAUCCAAAACUCUAUAUUUUUAAACCGUGUACGAAAGAAACAACCUAUAAUUUCAAUGCCUGUAACACGAGUACAUUUGUAUGUUGUAUUAAUUUGAUUGCGAAAUGGAACUAUAUUGUAGUUUAUAGUUGAUA